AUUUGAAGCCAUGCCGACAAAGAACGACUGCACAGAGUGUAAAGCGGGCGACGCGACGCUGCACCCCGCGGCGGUCGAGUCCACGGGAUGCCGACAACUAUACGAAUCUGUCGAAGCGUGCAUGAAGAAGCACACUGGAAGUGUGUCAGCGUGCAACGAGGAAUGGACUGCGUUUCGAACGUGCCAUCGCAAAGAGCGACGAACGCGAACCCCUCCUGCAGCCCCGUAACCACCUGUGGAGAAAAUGUCCACUGGACAUCAUGAUGACUUGCUCAGACUAGUCGCUAGUAUAACGUUAGACGCAUAACUCUCCAUUACGUAAGCCAUCCCUCCACGCCUACAGUACCGGUCUUGCCG